UACAUCGAAUAUUUAGAACAUCAGAAUCAAAAGCAAACGCACGCAAUCACAGCUUGCAGCAUAUUCGCCCUAUGGAGGAUGGUGUAUCGUUUAUCACGAAGAAGAGAGUAAAAUCAACGAGGGACAAGUACAAAGGUGUCGAACGUCAACUUAACAAGUCCGCUGAUUAUAAACCAGUCAGUAUUGAGUCUUAUGCACCUGUCUCCUCCGCACACCGCCCCUGGUGGUAUCAAAACAUGGGCUUUGAAAACUAUAGCGUUGCAUUGUACUCAAAGAACUACGGAAAUAACGUUCCUGCACAUCACUUUCUAUGGAAGCUGCCAGAGAAAGAAGAAGAACGGUCGGAGACAGCUACCAGUGCGGCCAUACUAAGAUGUUCCAAGGAUCUACUGAAAUUCAACACGCGUGAGAUCAUGAGUAAUGCCAAGAAACUGGUGCGUGCGUGAUUAGGCCGACAACAGAAGUAUAACGAUGCACUAUACCAGACUAUGACACGCGAUUCUUCCGGCAAGAAACAUAACAAGAAACUAUAUGAGGAUAUCGUGGCCGCGUAUGAGGGAGGAAUUGAAGAAAAUGCUUUGACAAGGGUAUACAGGAUGCUAAGAAUUCACGCAAGGGACGAUUUUCAGAUUCCAUCGCGUGUGCAAAAGUUCGACUACAAUCAAGUAUGCGUGUGUG